GAAAUGGACUCAUAGUCUUUGCGAUGUAUGAGCCCAGGCUGCACAUCAAAUGUGAGCCACCGUUUGACCUGCAGAGCAACAUGAGUUCCAGCAAGUGUUGGAUGCAGUGGAGGAGGCCAGAGGCCUAUGAAGACAUUUUUCUGGACGACUGGCAAUGGGAACUGGCAUUCAAGACCACAGAAGUACCCUGGGAGCAGGCACAGAACAAGGUCUGGGUCAACAAAGAAACAUGGGUGGAAAUUGAGGGCUUCGAGUUCGAGUCUGGCAUAGAGUAUGUGGCAAGAAUUCGCUGCAAAACUCCAGAUGUGAAUAUGCACUACAGAAGCCAGUGGAGUCCGUGGAGUGCCACCACCAAGUGGAAAGUUCCCCCAGGCAACGAGCGGCAGCAGCAUUGGGAAUCCCACCUCCUGAAGCAUGUGUUCAACCCGCUCUUUCUCUGCCUGGGCAUCCUACUGUUCCUGCUCCUGGUACUCACAAUCUUCUGGAGAUCCAAGGGCCAUUGCAGCGCAAACAUCCCCAGCCCAGCAGCUUAUUUCCAGCCCCUUUAUCUCUCACACAGUGGGGAUUUCAAGCGCUGGGUUGGCCUGGCAGAAAAGAGCGGUGGCAACGAGGACAAGGAGAUGCCCUGGGGCCACAGCAAGGGGGGCGAGGAGGAGAAUGCCCCCCCAGCAGGCAUUUCCCGGCUUUCCUUCUGCCAGCCCCCGCCAGAGGCUGAGGCCCUGUCCAAAGAGAGCAGUUGCCCGCCGCCUGAGGUGCCAGACUAUCAAUAUAUGGCCAGCAAACAGAGAGGCCUCGGGGGAGACCUGAAGCAGCCGCAGCCUGAAGCAGAGGCACCCCUUCCCUCUGGGGAAGCAGAGCAGGAGGGCUCUUCUUCUUUGCCAUGCGAGUGGGGCUUCACCUUCCAAAAGCAGGGCCCACUGGAGACGGAGACACCCGCCCUUCUCCUCCUCUUUGGCAGCAAUGAUUACUGCUCCUUGGGAGGUGGCCACAGCCAGCCAGGCUCCAGGCCUGCUGCUGAGCAGCUGCUGCAGAGCAUCUCAGCGUGGGGCCCGGGCCAGGCUGCAAAGGACUCCCCCCAGGCUGUUCUGGGCCCCACUGGCCAUGUCUGACCCCCACCCACAGAUCAAGGCGAGCCCUGUUGCCCUGACCAUGGCUGGGCUGAUGUCUCGAUGGAUGGAUAUUUCCCCAGUGGGGCUGGACAAGAAGACUGUCAGUGUGACUUGAUGGCUGGGAAGGGGGCAUCCCUGGAAGGAAGGAGGCAAGGGGAACAUUUGGGAGCUGUGUUGCAGUGGGAGAGUCAGAGCUGACAGUUGGAGCAUGUGCAGCCGGGUUGGCAGGGGGUAGUGCCUGCUUCUUUCCAGUGAGUUCUGCUUGCAACUGCAAUAAAGUCACACUCAGA